CCAGUGACCCAUACUCUCAACCAGUCACAUGGGUUAGAAAAAAAAAAUAUAUAUAUGCCCCCAUACCCUUCCAAGGAUUCAUUAGGAAGCACAUGGGAAGAGAACAAGUCAUCAGCCAUGAUUAAAACAUACUCUUCAGUGGAAAAUAAGUUUAUGGACUAACACAAGAGCCUCUCAAGCUAAAUUAUUCCAGGAAGACAGAGAUCCAGAGUCCACAUUUUCUCUUUUCUGUGGCAAAUACUUGGCUGAAUAGAGAUGGACUGGAACAGCAACACGUCCAUUGGUUUUGUGUUCAUCCUGGCUUUUCUAUCCAUUUUGAAAAUAUCAGGAUUCUGGAACAGCAGCACUUCUAUUGUUUUAGUGUUGAUCCUGGUUUUUCUGUCCAUUUUGAAAACAGCAGGUUCCUGGAACAACAGACAAAGACAGAACUUUCCUCCAGGUCCAAGACCAUUACCUAUAAUUGGAAACCUUCUUUUGUUUGACUUGAAGAGACCCUACAGAACUUACCUACAGCUGUCAAAAAUAUAUGGUCCAGUCUUCAGUGUUCAGAUGGGGCACAGGAAAGUUGUAGUGAUUUCUGGCUAUGAGACAGUGAAGGAAGCUCUCGUAAACCAGGCAGAUGCAUUUGCAGAGAGACCGAAAAUUCCAGUCUUUGAAGAUUUGACCAAAGGAAAUGGGGUUGUUUUUGCCCAUGGUGAAAACUGGAAGGUGAUGCGAAGGUUUACCCUCACAGCCUUACGAGACUUUGGGAUGGGCAAAAAAGCCAUUGAGGAUCGAAUUGUGGAGGAGUACGGGCACCUGGCUGACUCCAUCGCCUCACACGAUGGAAUUCCAUUUGAUGCCAGCAAAAUAAUUAAUGCAGCAGUUGCAAAUAUAAUUGUGUCAAUAUUGCUUGGAAAACGAUUUGACUACAAAGACUCCAGAUUUGUGAGACUUAUAAAUCUGGCCAAUGAAAACAUGAGGCUUGCUGGGAAACCUUUGGUCACGAUGUACAAUAUCUUCCCAUAUCUUGGAUUCCUCAUAAGGGCUAACAAGGCUCUCCUUCGAAACAGAGAUGAAUUCCAUGAUUUUGUACGAGUUACUUUUGUAAAGCACCUCAAAGACCUGGACAAAAAUGAUCAAAGAAGUUUUAUUGAUGCCUUCCUUGUUAAACAGCAAGAGGAGAAAUCCACUACCAAUGGGUAUUUCCAUAGUGGCAACUUGCUAAGCUUGGUGAGCAAUUUAUUCACUGCUGGUGUUGAGACCAUUUCCACCACACUAAACUGGGGCUUUCUGCUGAUGCUAAAGUACCCUGAAAUCCAGAAAAAGGUCCAAGAAGAGAUAGAGCAAGUGAUAGGGUCCAACCCACCACGGAUCGAGCACCGAGCUCAGAUGCCAUACACAGAUGCGGUCAUCCAUGAAAUUCAGAGAUUUGCCAAUAUCCUGCCACUGGAUUUGCCUCAUGAGACUGCUGCAGAUGUCACCCUCCAAGGCUAUUUCAUCCCCAAGGGAACCUACAUCAUCCCUUUACUGACCUCAGUUCUGAAAGACCAGUCACAGUGGGAGAAGCCAGACAUGUUCUACCCUGAGCACUUCCUUGAUGCCAAUGGGAAAUUUGUGAAGAAAGAUGCUUUCAUGCCUUUCUCAGCAGAAGAACUUAUGACACUUGCAGUUCCCAGAUCUUCUUUUCCCGACUUAAGUCCAGAUGUCCCAGCUGAAAGCACAUCCAGGGAGUGUCAGGGCGGAGGAUCUGUGCUGGGGAAACUCUUGCCAAAAUGGAGCUCUUCCUCUUCUUCACCAGUCUCCUGCAGAGGUUCAACUUCCACCCUCCACCUGGAGUUUCCAGCUCAGACCUGGACCUCAGCCCUGCCAUUUCAUUUAAUGUCAUCCCCAAACCCUACAAAAUGUGUGCUGUAGCACGUUCCUAGAGCUCUAAUUGACAUUCAAUGUGUUUCUAAACUGCUGAAACCAUUUUUCCAUGACAUCUGUCUUAUUCUUUGACCAAAACAAUCCAUAUUUCAAUGAGGGUUUCCAGUACUUCUAAACUAGUGUUCUUUUAUUUUUUGGGAGAGGGAAGAAAUGGACCAGAAGUGUGAAGUAAUGGAUGGCUUAUGGAUUAAUCUCAGAUCACCUAAUCUUGGCUACAUAAUACAGGUCCUUCAGCUUUCCUA